UCUUCAUGAACAACAACUUGAAAAGCUUUAGCUAUCUAUAUAAGAGAUGCGAUUAUUUAAAGAAAAAGCGACUUGUAAUUGGUAUUUUCGGCAAUUAAACAGCGAAAAGACGUUUCUGAGCUAACAAAAGGUCUGUUCCAUUAGUUCACUGUAAAAAUUAUCAACGAAUGAAUAUCUUUGUAAAGUUUUUAAAGGAGUACGAAGCUUACAGGGAGGCCGCAAAAGUGUGUGCAUCAAAGGACCAGGAUUGACGUGGAUCUCUGCUCAUCUCUGAGAAAGUUAAGUGAAAAGUCGAAACACAAUACUUAUUUCUUUCUAAUAGAGGAUCGGAGAUAUAAUCACAAGAACAAAUUUGAGCUGAAAAACGCCACGAACUGCAAGGUUACAUAACAUUAUUAAAMGUCCUUACACAUUGAAUUUACCUGAUACWCUUACCUGAGCACUUUACCUUUGACUUUAAAUGGUUUAGAUGUCCUCAUCUUCUUCGAGUGCAGAACCUUYGAUGUCAUUCUUUAUAUCGGCAAGAUUCUUUGAGAACUGGUAUUGACCCUUUUCAUCUAAAGACCAUAUCAACAAUCAUAAAGAUUGCUCUAUUAUAUCAAAAUACAAAAAGAUUUAUCUGGCAUGAUAUGCCAACGAGCGAUUGAGUGGUACGCUUUUGCAGACGAUGCCUUCCCAUUUUCGAUUGGUUUGAUAGUGSUUAUAAGUGCGUCCAUUGUACCAACAGUUGUUUUGAACGCGUUGAUCUUAAUGGCCAUCAUUCGUACACCAACUCUUCAUACUCCUUCAAAUAUCUUGAUUUGUAAUCUUGCGACAGCCAACUUGGGAGUUGGUAUACUCGCCCUUCCUACUGGAGUAUCUUGGAAGAUGUUGGAACURUUCCACCCCUUUGAAUAUGACUUAUGUGUCRCKCGUACCGCUACUUAUGUUCUUGGUACCAUUUUCAACGGAGCAAGUUAUUUGACCAUUCUUUUUGCAACUGUGGAUMGAUAUCUCGCGUUGGCUCUCCAUCUUCGCUACCCGUCUCUCGUGACCGUUAGAAGGAUUAUCAAAUCAUGUGCGAUCAUUUGGAUUGUUUCUCUACUGCAAUUCGUCCCGCUUGUAAAUGGAUCACGAGAGAUUUACAACAUCAGUGUCGGAAUAGGGAUGAUAUUAUGGCUUWUAAUUAUUGCAUUUUGUUACUGUAAAAUCAUCGUAAUCAUACGCCGUCAUUAUAAUCAAAUCGCGAGCCAUCCGRCMAACAACAACGGUGUCUUUUSCCACUUGACUCGCUAUCGAAAGUCUGUGUUGAACUUUUUCUAUGUCAUGUGCUGCCAGGUAAUCCUCAUGACGCCUUCCAUAAUCUGCUUGACUGUUAUUGCUGUUCGUGGUAUUUCGGUAGAGGUUGUACGUUUCUGGAGUGUUAGUGUUGGCUUAGUAUUUCUCAACCCCAUAGUCAACCCUUUGAUACUCUGUAUGAGAUAUAGUCAACUACGAGAGGCAGUUCAAGAAACAGCUAGAUAUUGUUGGGCAAGAGUAAAAAGGUAGUAAUCUAGAGUUUACUACUUUUUGCUUCUUGUAAGAGUACCAUUUAAUCAUGUACCAGGGAGUUGUUCAAAGCCAAAUUAACAUUAUUCCAUGAUCAACUUCAUAGUUUAUUCAAGAGUUU